AAGCAAUCAAUUAAUGAACAAAAAUAGGGAUGAUUGAAAAGUAGGCAAGAAAAGGCAAGUGUGUAGCUAGAGACAAUUGCACCGAACACGUCCCACGUUCUUUUCUAUUUUUCCCAUUUAUAGUCUCUCUCUCUUCUCUUCUAUCUCUCUCUCUCUCUCUCUUCCUCUAUAGAGUCGCCGGAAUAAUCACACAAACGACGCAGGUCUACUUCUUUCCAAGAAAGACUGAUCAUGUUGGACCUCAACCUCAAAAUCUUGUCGACACAUAACGAAGAUGAAGAAGACUGCAAAGUACCUACAGCCUCCAUCUUCAAUCAAGAAAAAGAAGAUGAUUCCAUUGAUCCAUCAGCCAACAAGUUGUCUUUGAUUACGUUUGGAAUCCUCAAAAGAAAAGAAGACGUCGAAGCCAUUCCUAUGCCUCCUCCUCCUCCUCCGGAGAGUGGAUUAUCCGGCGCCGGGAGUGAGUGGCUGAAUCUUUCGCCGAUGCAAGGGAAUAAACAAGAAAUGUUGGUGAUGAAGAAGAAGAGCCGACGUGGCCCUAGAUCCAGAAGCUCCAACUAUCGUGGCGUCACUUUUUACCGUCGAACCGGUCGUUGGGAAUCUCAUAUUUGGGACUGUGGAAAACAGGUUUAUUUAGGUGGUUUCGACACAGCCUACACAGCUGCAAGAGCUUACGACCGAGCUGCUAUCAAAUUCCGGGGACUCCAAGCAGAUAUCAACUUCAUCGUGGAUGAUUACAAACAGGACUUUGAAAAGAUGAAGAACUUAAGUAAAGAAGAGUUUGUGCAAACCCUUAGACGAGCGAGUGCAAGCUUAGCAAGAGGAGGUUCUAAAUACAAAAACAAUUACAUGAAAAAUGAUUACAUCCAUCUCUUCCAAAACAGGCAAUGGAAUGCAUCAGCAGCAAAAUGCAAUGAGAUAAGAAAGAUAGAAGCUGGAGAAAUUAAGUUGGGUGCCCAUCAUAAUAAAGGAAAUGAGCACAAGGAUCUUGACCUAAGUCUUGGAAUAUCUUCAACGCCUAAAAAUAUAACUUUGAAACCGAGCGCAGAUUAUUACAUGGGAUUGAAUCGAUCUGCAACGAGUUUGUACGGGAAGGCGUUGCCUGUAUAUCUACCGAUCACAGAAAUGAAACCGUUAAAGACAGUAGUAGCAUCAUCAGGAUUCCCUUUCAUUGCCAUGAUCAAUUCUUCAUCUUUGUCCAAUUGUUUUGAUCCAUGAAAUGAUCACUAUUUUUACUUUAUAUUUUUCCCGUUUAAUUUUUUUUUUUUUUGGGUUAAUUUAGUCUAUUGAACGUCGGAAUGAUUAUGUGAGUUAUAAUUUCUUUUUAUAAAUCAUAGUCUUGCGGGAUCAU